GUCACUUGGCUGCCUGCCCUGCCUGCCCGCCCACACGCCCGCGCCCUUCUUGACAACACCUCACACUCGUCUUCCUCCAUUCUUAUCCUCUUCUCCUCUCCAUCCUCUUCAGAAACACUACAAAAAAGGUCACUUCACGACCCCAGACUUUCUUUACAAAGUAACCUCUCGAAAACCAUCAGCAAAAUGUCUUACGGCGGCGGCUACGGCGGUGGUGGUGGUGGCUAUGGCGGUGGUGGUGGCGGCUACGGCGGCGGUGGUUACGGCGGUGGUGGUGGUGGCUACGGCGGUGGUGGUGGAUACGGCGGCGGCGGCUUCGGCGGAGGUGAAUAUUCUCGUGGUGGCGGCUAUGGCGGCGGGCAUGGUGGUGGAAGAGGGGGCUACGGUGGUCAAGGUUUCGGCGGCUUCUCAGGCCAGUCCAGAGCAUUGAUUGAUCGUGGAGAACGAGCGAGGCUGACACCUUCUGCAGGCGACCGCAUGAGCAACCUCGGCGCUGGUCUCCGCAACAUUGACUGGAACACGACCGAGCUUACCAAGUUCGAGAAGAACUUCUACAUCGAGGACAAGCGUGUCUCGUCGCGCUCCGACGCUGAGAUCGCCGAGUUCCGUCGCGAGAAGGACAUGAAGAUCCAGGGCAACAACGUGCCCCGCCCCAUCACCACCUUUGAGGAGGCCGGCUUCCCCGAGUACAUCAUGUCCGAGAUCCGCGCCAUGGGCUUCGAGGCUCCUUCCACCAUCCAGUGCCAGGCUUGGCCCAUGGCCCUCUCGGGUCGUGACGUUGUCGCCAUUGCCGAGACUGGUUCGGGCAAGACGAUCUCGUUCGCCCUCCCCGCCAUGGUCCACAUCAACGCCCAGCCCCUCCUCGCCCCCGGUGACGGCCCCAUUGUCCUCAUCCUUGCCCCCACUCGUGAGCUCGCUGUCCAGAUCCAGGCCGAGUGCUCCAAGUUUGGCAAGUCGUCGCGCAUCCGCAACACUGCUGUCUACGGUGGUGCCCCCAAGGGUGCCCAGAUCCGUGACCUCCAGAGAGGUGUGGAGAUCUGUGUUGCCACUCCCGGUCGUCUGAUCGACAUGCUCGAGUCUGGCAAGACCAACCUCCGCCGUGUCACUUACCUUGUCAUGGACGAGGCCGACCGUAUGCUUGACAUGGGUUUCGAGCCCCAGAUCCGCAAGAUUGUCAGCCAGAUCCGUCCCGACCGUCAGACUCUCCUCUUCUCGGCCACCUGGCCCAAGGAGGUUCAGAGACUCGCCAUGGACUUCCUCAACGACUUCAUCCAGGUCAACGUCGGUUCCAUGGACCUGACUGCCAACCACAACGUUGCCCAGCACGUUACCGUCCUCUCCGAGGCCGACAAGAGGCCCCUUCUCCUCAAGCACCUCGACCAGAUCUCGCGCGAGAACGCCAAGGUCCUCAUCUUCGUUGGAACCAAGCGUGUCGCCGACGACCUCACCAAGUUUAUGCGCCAGGAUGGCUGGCCCGCUCUUGCCAUUCACGGUGACAAGCAGCAGGCUGAGCGUGACUGGGUUCUUGCCGAGUUCAAGUCGGGCCGCAGCCCCAUUAUGCUUGCCACCGACGUUGCUUCGCGUGGUCUCGACCUCGUGACUUUGGACAUCCGCAAGAGUCUUCGCUCGGGAUUCGUCCCUGCUUCAACGACAGAGUCGUUCGCGUGCAAGAUCCCCAACCUCUACGUCAUUAACUACGACUUCCCCAACAACUGCGAGGACUACAUUCACCGUAUCGGCCGUACCGGUCGUGCCGGCCGCACCGGUACCUCGUACACCUACUUCACCACCGACAACGCCAAGCAGGCCAAGGAGCUCGUUGGCAUUCUCCGCGAGUCCAAGUCUGAGAUUCCUCGCGAGCUCGAGGAGAUGGGCCACUACGGCGGCAGAGGCGGUGGUGGCCGUGGCUACGGCCGUGGCCGCGGCGGUGGAGGCGGUGGCUUCCGCUCUGGCGCUAACAGCUUUGGCGGCGGCGGCGGUGACCGUGGCUACGGCAACCGCUGGUAAACGGGCACGCCUGGGUGUUACUACUCACGCGUAGCGCGCCCCGCUGCGGCUGACCUGUUCCCCUCCCCCCAUCCCCAACACCAUUAUAGAUUUCCUUCAUCCGACCCACUCAUCCUGUCUAUAGAUCCGGGGUCGUAUUGAGUGUACCCUGUGAUAUAGACCAUUCAUGACAUGCCAAGCAUCACAUGUGUACGUGAGCAGCAGCGUGUCAGGGAUGAGCAGUGAGCGGUUGCAGUGUGGGGCGUUCGUGGUUCGCUUUGUUCUGUUUUGGCUUCGUUUGGUGCAGCGCCGACAUCAGCGUCCCCGUGCACCAUUGAUUAGAAUGAAUGUAUCGUAGAGUGGCCCCGAGCCCCGAGACGAGAUUGUGC